UAUAUCUGUGGAAUAACGUAACAAGAAAGUUGAUAACGUCGUCCGGACCAACGACGGAUGAGUAAAAUUAUAAUGACCGUGGUUUGAAAAUACAUUUUCCCUCCAAUGAUAACCGGUGAGCGGACGCGUAUAAUUGCAGAGUAUCGAGAGAAGAAAAAUCAAUUAAAUACGGUGACGGUCACUUAAUUGAUUUUCGUUGAUAUUUAAAAUCCUUGAAACACCAUAUUAAUAUACUAAUAUUGUAUUGGCUCAAUUGUCUUACAAUUUCUUUAAAUUAUGGAAGACGAACAGGAUUCAAUAGAAAUUGAAAAUCCUAGUAAAAGCGCCACUGUCCUCUGUGUUCAAUAUCUUAUAUCACAUCACAUGAAAUCUAAAAAUGUAAUUAAAAAAGAUGAUCUGAUGAAAACUAUCUUCAAAGGUCGCAAUAUCAGUAAAAAUUAUGAAAGAGUUAUGGAAGAAGUAAAAAACACCUUAAAAAGUACUUUUGGAUUUUCAAUAUCAUAUAUUAAAAAUGAUCACAAGCAGUUCAUAAUUAUAAAUAGUAUAGAAGAGAUUGAUGCUCCUGAAUUUAGUCUUUCUGAAGAAUCAAAAUACCGUAUUUUACUUAAACCAAUAAUUGGGGCUUUAGUUAUGGUCCGUGCACCAAUCAGUGAAGGUCAAAUGUGGAAUAUACUGGACAAAUUUGCUCAGAAAUUAAAUUUAGACAUGGAUUAUAUUAAACGAAUGGUUAAAGGAGAUUUUGUAAGAGAUCAAUAUCUUCAACACAAACUUACUGAUGAUACAACUAUAAUGCUUGAUCCAGAAAAAACAAGUUAUUGGUUUACUUUAGGACCUAGAGCAUUAGAAGAAUGUGAUCAGAUGGCAUUAUUAAAACGAGUUGGCGAAUUGUACAACAAGCCUGCCAAGUCUUUCAAGCGUGUUUAUGCUGCGUUAAUUAAAUAAUAAUUUUUGUUUGUAAGUCUUUUAAUCUCUAUUAUGUUAUCUCAAAAAUAAACAAUGGACUCAACUUA